AUGUCCUUUCAGAUUACGGUAUUUGGUAUAAUUUCAAAUAGCUAUGUUUUCUUUGCUUCGCAACAGAUGACUUCUAUGAACAGCUCUUUUGGCACUAUAACCAAGUACCAAACGAUAUGCAACUCAAUGAUGUGCCUUUGUUUUCUCUCAUUCGUUCCUUUCCAACUUGGUGCGUUUAAAUCUUAUAUUCCUAUUACACAUUGGGUUGGUACAACCGCAAUGAUAUCAGAUGAAAUAUCCUACAUGUGUCAUUUAUUGAUUGCUCUCAACAGAUUCUUCAGUUUGUACCUAGCAUCGUUUUACGAACUGGUUUUUAGUGUUCGAAACACAAAACGAAUGAUACUCGUGAUUUGGAUCGUAUCGAUUAUCGUAUGUACAAUUUUAUACGAAUUUGUUGGUUGUCUCUAUCCGUAUAAUGAACGUACUCUAUCUCUUCAAUUUUUGGACACCCCGAUGUGCGAUCAUUUAACUUGGUUCUCAGAUUUUAUGCUCAAUAUUUCUUUCGCUGUGGUUACUGUCACUAUCAACUUUCUAACAGCAUUCAAAGCUAUGAGAAGCAGUCGAAUGUUGGUUAACGCAGCCGGACUGCAAAUCUCAAAACAACAGAAACAAAGAGAGAUGAACUUCAUCAGGCAGACUUUUUUCCAAGGACUCACUGUUUCCACUGGCCAAAUUUCAUAUUAUGUGCUUGCUCCACAUGUUUCAAACGAGGUUGCUCUUUUCUUCCUGACUUCUUUGUGGGGAUUUGUCCAUGCCUUCGAAGGCACAAACUAUGCCCAUUUUCAUUACAACGUCUCGCUAAAAGUUGAGCCUUCUUUAUGA